CCCCCUUUUCGUGGCGCCUCCUGUUUAUCGUCCAGCUAAAAGAUGGCGUUAGCUGCUAGCUAAAACGAUUAUUCUUCGUUUGAUUUAACUAAUUAUGUCGGUGGGAAUAAUUAGUCAUUGCAAAUACUUUAUAACUCUUGAGAUGGGACUUAAAAACAUAGAUUAUAGCACUUGUGUUCGCACCAUAACGCACCGUGAUUGUUUGUUGGGCCUUCUCGCAUACAGAGGCCUGUUUUUUUAGGGAGUGGACGAGAGGUUUACAAACUUCAACUCCCAGCAGCAUUGCUGAGAAGUGGGGUCAAAGGUCCCCCUGUCAUCAUCCAUGUCAUCACUUUAUGUCUGAAGUGACUUGUUAGUGAGGAUAAGCAGAAGAGCAGGUGGGUUGGAGACAAUUAGUGGCAUCAUGGCGUCAAAGCCAGUGCCAGGGAUCCAGAAACAUGGGACAUGGGCAGGCAACCCCAGAGAAGUGUCCUCAGCCUCCCCAGAGACCUCUCUGACCUGGUGCCUGUCACAGCUCUCUAAACCUGGGAGAGCAGCAGCCGAGGACCACAAGCCAGGCACUGCAGGGCUGGACACCAGUGGACACAGACAGCUGGACAAGAGGGUCAAAGCUGGGCAGUGGCGAGCACUGGUGGCCAUCCGCACACAGCACAUUAAAGGAGGAAGCAGUGGGAUAGCUCGAUUCCGAGGCCAGGGUGGAUUGCGCACUCUCCUGGACCUGCUAAAGCACCCUGAGUGUUCCAGGAAGACUCUGGACCUGGUUCUCAGCAUCCUGGCUAACUGCUGCACUGAGAGACAGACACGAGUUGAGGUUAGGAAGCUUGAUGGAAUAUCUAUUGUGGUGGGUAUUUUGAAGAAGAAUGUAGCCAUGGAGACGAUCCAGAACAGAGCUGCCCGGGCUUUGGGGAACUUGGCCAUGGACCCAGAGAGUUCCACACUUAUCCACUCUGCCGGUGGUGUUCCACUCCUGCUCGUCUGCGUCUCUCUCGCAUCCGCCCCAUCCCCUCCCUCUGAUGACCCACUGGAAGCCCCUUCCUCUAAACUAGAGUGUGCUCAAUCGGCUGCCCGUGCCCUCCUCUACCUUGCAGACACCCCCUCAAACCGCCUUUUACUGCUCACUCAGGGUACUCUGACUGCUCUCGCUCCGCUCAUUGCUCCAGAGUACCCUCUGGGGCUGAGGAGAGCAGCACUCCGGACCCUCCAUGAGCUCACCAGGAGCUGUGGUGUAGAGUGUGCUAGAGAGGUGUCCCGAUCUGGGGUUCUAGCUCAGCUAGGUGUCAUGACUUCGGGAGAGGCCGCUAAACCUUUGGAGGAGCUUGCGUUGAAAACCCUGGCCAACAUGUGCACUCAAGGCUGCUUACGUCCUCUGGUGGGUUCCCUGGGGGUAAUCCAGAAGUUUACGGAGGAGGUCAAGAAGGACGGCCUGAAGUCUGGAGUGUUCCUCAAGGCUCUCUGCUUAUGCUGCAAAGAGGCAGUGAACCGGGCCAAAGUGAAGGAGAGCGGCGGUCUGGAGGUGUUGAUUGGCUUCCUUGGUUUCCAUCGGAGCCACCCCCUUGACCGAUUGGUCAUUCUGGCUUGUGUUGACUUUGUCUAUGACGAAGCUGCCCUGGAACAGUUACAAGAAUUGGGAAUAGUCCCCUUGCUAGUUGCUCGGUUAGUGGAGCUGGCUAAAGGUGAGGAGCCAUCUGCUGGGAAGAUGGAUGUGAGCCUCACCUCUACCAUGUUUGCUUCAGAGCUGCUGUCUACGUCAUGUUUCGACUCAUUUGACUUCCCUCCCCCAGAGGGGAACAGGAAAGAGGAGAUGGGGAAGGAGCAUGUCCUUGGGUCAUCCAGCUUUCUUAGCCUGAGGUCCUGGUUAGUGUCUGAGGGGUUGAUCUCCUCUGAGGGGGAUCUUCUUGACUCUCCUGGAGGCACGGAGGGAGAUUGGGGGAGUCUUCAUAUCCCCUCUUCUUCUCCCCAAACCUCUUCCACUGACUGUCAUUCCCCUUUAAAAUGCUUAUCUCCUACCCGCUCACUACCUUCCUCCACUCCCUUAUCCGCACCCAAAUCUCGGAGUCAAUCCACCCCCUCUACCUCAACGAGUUAUCCAGCUCAGGUCCACAUGUCAUCUCCUUCAAAAACCGCUGAUCUGUCUCCCUGUGUCCCUUUGCCCUGCUCCACCUCCAACCCCCGAGCCCAGCCCGGCUCCUCUACCUCCAACCCCCGAGCCCAGCCCGGCUCCUCUACCUCCAACCCCCGAGCCCAGCCCAGCUCCUCUACCUCCACCCCCCGAGCCCAGCCCUGCUCUACCUCCACAACCCGAGCCCAGCCCUGCUCCUCUACCUCCACCCCCCGAGCCCAGCCCGGCUCCUCUACCUCCACCCCCCAAGCCCAGCCCGGCUCCUCUAUCUCUUCUCUCCCUUCCCCCACUAUCCCACCCCUCACUUCUGUCUCCCCAUCCAAGUUCUCCUCCCCUCCACGGAAAAGGCCACGUGUCCCCUCAACCACCCGCUCCAGUGUGGUGCCCCUCGACACCCCUCCCACAGUGUCCCGACCCCAGGCCUACCACCACCCCUACCACCCUGAGCCUUGGGCCCCAGAGUCUCCCAUCCUGCUGCUGCUCUCACGCUUCUCUCACGCCACGGACCCCAGCGCUGCUCUGGUCAACUCAGGCAUCAUCUCUGGCCUACUGUUCUACCUCAGCCAGCAUCAGGACCCCAGCGGCAGGUGCUUCCGCAUGCUGUGCCGGCUGAGCUGCAACCCCAACUGUCUGCAGGCGCUGGUCAGGACUGGCUCAGUGGCUCUGAUCCGCCACCACCUGGUCCAGAGAGGGAGUGACCCUGAGAGUUGGGGAGCUGGAGAGAGGCAGACUGAUAGGGUCAAGGCCAAAGUGAAACAGCUUGGUCUUGCUCUGCUUAGUAAUCUACGCGUUCAGUGUGAGUCUGGAUUUGGUUCUGGAGUCCUGAGCCAUGUGAUGCUGUCAGGCUCAGAGUCAGACAAGCUGAACUGUGCCCUGUCUCUACCACUAAUAAAUGGUAACAAGGCUCUCUUGAAGAAACUUCUUCUCGACAACGGUGGUCUACUCUUGGCUCUGGAGCCCCUUGGAUGUAAUGAGGACGAGGAAGAGGAAGACCAUCACACCAGUGAAUGCCGACGACUCCUCUCAGAUUGUCUCAACUCACCGCAACAUGUCUCCGCCCCCCAGCUCCACUCUCUAUAUUUCUCCCUGCUGAUUGGAUGCCUCUCUAGUCUGAUGGGUUGCCCCAAAACAGUACUGGCUAAAAGAAGGUGCAGGGUACUCAGUCCUAUCAAACACCUGUCAGUCUCACAAACCGGUAAAGCUUCACCCCCUCCCUUAAAAAAGCCUCGUCUGGUCAAUAUCUGUCCUUACAAUGAUUCAACCUUUGACCUCCUCUUCCUGCUGGACGAUGGGAGCCAGGUGUCAGCCAAUAGGGAAACGGUGGCUGGGGCGGAGGAAACCGAGGUGGUGGGGUCAGAGUACUUCAGGGCCCUGUUGAGGGGGGGCUUUGGAGAAGCUCAAGGGAGAACUGGGGAGGCCAUCCCCAUCAGGGAUGUGAGCCAAGGCAUGCUGCUACCUGUACUGCACUAUCUGCAUGGCUGUCGCCUGAACAAGGACGGAGAGACUGCAGAGGAACAGGGGGAUGAGACGGAGAGAGAAGGCAGAGGAGAGUGUCAGAUUUUGGGAUCCUUGGCCUCUGAAGGACUGGGUGUCUGGAGAGACGGGGCAGAAGAACCCUCACCAGAGGCACAGGGCUUCCAGAAGACCCCCCUAGCUGAGACGAUGAUGGGGGCCUGUAGGUUUUUGGUGACAGAGUUGCAGAGGGAGGUGGAGGAUCUGUGUGUGUCUUUGCUGUCCUGCUCUGCCAAGAAUGCUGGUCGAAAUGCAGACGUUGGCAAAAAGCCUCCAUCUAACAUGGACCAAUAUGGGUCAGAGGGAGAGUCUGCUGACGAGAGCCUGGCAAACCGCACAUCUGGACUAGAGUUGAGUGGUUCUGAGGCCCAGACAGACUCCUUGGCCCCCACAGUCACAGCAGGCCUAGCUGAGUCACUACAUGGCUCUGGACUCCAACCCUGUCAGCAGACAGAGGGUAGACGGCACUCUGCCCCUGGACCAGGCCAGAAGGGCAAUAGUGCACCAAAGACAACCUCAGGACUGGAGACUUGUGUCAAUCCACUGAAAUCAAGUUCUGCCUCAAAGUGCUGCAAAAGACGUUUUAAACUGCGGAGUGUUUCAAACACACAGAAGGUUGCGGAUUCUGUACAGGACUCUAAAGUUGGUCCUGGGAGAUGGACCCUCCUACCACAGGUCUAUUGGUUUUCCCAGCGGUACAGCUAUCCUGAACUGGGCAGGGUCUGCCUGUCCCUACUGUUGGGCUCCCAGGGCUCCUCCCAGCCCCGCCCUUCUUCCCUGGCUGCAGACUGCCUGCGCAGACUGGCAAGAGAGGCAGACUGUAUAGAGACUCUGAAACGUGACCUAGUGAGUCUGGCCACCAUGGCACUGAGCUGAGAGGGGGAGGGCUAGGAGGAAAGAGGGGUGUUGGGUGGUGAUGGAGGUGAAGAGAGGAUCAAAUAGGAGAUUAUUAGGGAUGGUAUGAGAUCAUGUUUGUCUCCCCAAUGACACUGAAGUUAACGUUUGCCAUUGUGAAAAUGAUUUUAUUUUCAUAAGUCUUUACAACAUGAUUAGCCUUCCUUCCUUGUGAAUAUCUGUCUUCGUCUCACAACAAAUAACCUUUAUAUUCCAAUAUUGGUGUUUACAAAGUAAUUGAAGUUUGAAUUAUUUUCUUCAGAAUAGUACAUUUAUAUUUAAAGGAGUCAUGCUGCCAUUGAAAGGGAUGGGUUCUCAGACAAUGAAUCAUGAGGAUAAUCAUUUUUAUGUCAUGGUGAACUGUAAACUAAGUUGUAUUAUAAUUAAAACAUUAGCAUAAUGUAAUAUGCUAAAUACUUUUGUUGCAUGUAAUGUUAACUUUUUUUAUAUUUUCAGUUUGAUUUUGAAAUUUACACAGAGCUGUCCUGUAAAUGUCCUGUAUUGACUUGGAUGACUAAUAAUCAGGGUGGGACUGGGUGUUGUAUAUGCUGUAAAUAAAUAGAACUUUAAGAGGAGCUGCAAGGUGAAGAUAACAGACAUCAGCUUUCACUCAUGUGAAUCCACGCUCCUCAAUAAAUCUGUUUACAUGUC